AUUGUUGAUUCCUCUGGAUUUGGUGAAUGGAGGUUGCUACGAGCAGCACCGAAUUGGGGAUCCAAACGGAUCGGGAUCCGUCGUCGAACAACAACGGAUCUUACGCUGUUGCUUCGUCUACCGCUUCCGCCGUGUUCAGAAAGAUCGAGUUUCACCCUGCAAGGAAACCCUUCAAUGGUUUCUCUGAUGGGCGUUCCGAUUUUAAGAUCGAGACUUUGAAUCCCUGCUCCGGUAACAAUCGAGUGUUAUCUGCUCCGUCCGUUAAGAAACCCGACGGCUCCGAUUUGGUGGAACAUGGGUUCGAUCCCGAGCUUACUUUUAGGAUUACCUUCCGCAAAAUCGGUGCGGGUUUGCAGAAUCUCGGGAAUACAUGUUUUCUUAAUUCGGUAUUGCAAUGCUUGACAUACACGGAGCCUUUAGCUGCUACUCUGCAAACCGCUACGCAUCAGAAAUAUUGUCAUGUUGCUGGGUAUUGUGCUUUAUGUGCGAUCCAGAAACAUGUCAGGACUGCCCGUCAAGCUACUGGCAGAAUAUUAGCACCAAAGGAUUUGGUCUCAAACUUGCGAUGCAUAUCCCGAAACUUCAGAAAUUGCCGGCAGGAGGAUGCACAUGAGUACAUGAUCAAUUUGCUAGAAUGCAUGCACAAGUGUAGUCUGCCAUCUGGUGUACCAAGUGAAUCCUCUGAUGCUUACAGGAGAAGUUUGGUACACAAAAUUUUUGGUGGUAGCCUUAGAAGUCAGGUGAAGUGCGAGCAAUGUUCCCAUUGCUCCAACAAGUUUGAUCCAUUUCUUGACCUAAGUCUAGACAUUUCGAAGGCAGAUUCAUUGCAGAGAGCACUUUCACGUUUCACUGCUGUUGAGUUCUUAGAUGAUGGUGCAAAGGUUUACCAAUGUGAAAGAUGCAAGCAGAAAGUUAAGGCUAGAAAACAGCUAACUGUUUCUAAAGCACCUUAUGUUCUUACCAUACAUCUUAAGCGGUUUGAAGCACACAGAUCCGAAAAAAUCGACAGGAAAGUCGAGUUUUCCUCUGCAAUUGACAUGAAACCUUUUGUCAGUGGUCCCCAUGAAGGUAAUUUGAAGUACACACUCUAUGGUGUGUUAGUUCAUUAUGGUAGAAGCAGCCAUUCUGGUCACUAUGCAUGCUUUGUUCGCACAUCAAGUGGCAUGUGGUAUUCCCUUGAUGACAAUAGGGUUCUCCAAGUUAGUGAGAAGACUGUGUUCAAUCAGAAAGCAUAUAUGCUAUUCUAUGUCCGUGAUAGACAAAAUGCUGUCCCUAAGAAUUCAGUCCCGGUGGUUAAGAAAGAGACUUCCAAAGAAAGCUUUGCCACAAACAGAGCUUCUUUGAUCGUAUCUUCUAACAUAAAAGAUCAAGUGAAUGGCUCAACAGUCAUCAAAGAAUGUGGGUUUGACGCUCUUGUUGCCAAUGGUUUAGCACCUUUGAAAUCAUGUGAUCCAAGUGCUCCUGCUGUGUUAACUCAGAAAGAUAUAAAUGCCAUAGAGACUCAGAACAAUCUCAUAAGUAGUGUGGAGGCAAAAGAGAUCCUUAAGAUGGAAAAUGGUUCAGCAGCCGUAAAAACUUGUGAUCUAGCUGCUCCUACUGUCUUAGUUCAGAAAGACUUAAAUACCAAAGAGACCUUGCAAAAGGAAGUGCCACUUCCGCAGGCUAAUGGGGAAGGAUAUUUUGUAAAGGAGGAUUCAAAGGCUGCAUGCCCAAUCUUACCAGUGAAGGUGUCACCUCUCCUGGAUGGAAGCACAAAUGCUCAGAUACUUUUGAAACUGCCUUCCUCUGGAGCUAAAGCUGAAAAUAGUGUUGAAGAGAAGAAUUCUGUUAACAAUUUGAACGAGCCUGCUAAGUCACUGAAGGUUAAAAACGUGUCAAUUGGUAAUUCACCUAUUGAAGAAGCUGUUCUUAUUGAUCAAACUAUGGGACAUCACCCGGAAGAAUUGGCCACUUCAAUUGAGCCGUUGAAGUCAACUUCCGAGAGGGAAACUCUCACCACACCAAGAAAGACUCGCAAGCGUAAAAUGAAAACUCUGAAGGUGGAGUUUAAGUUUUUUAAGCUGGCCCUGGGCUUACGAAAAAAGAAGAUACAGAAAAGGGAAAGAUUAAGUAGUUCCCUAGCUGUCAAGAUUAUCUCUGAGGAGCUCCUAUCCAAGAAAAGCGCUACAGAUCAAGAGCAUUCCACUUCACAGAUAAUUAACGAAGUUGCUUCUGGGUCUGCUUGCUUGCACGGAAAAGAUACAAGUGUCAGUGCCCACAGUGAUCAAAAUGGUGCUGUUGCGUCAGACCAACAGCUACCCGCGGGAAGUUCUGACUUGUCUGAAGCAAGCCAAAUCGCCAAAAGAAAGAGAGAGUCCUCAAUUUUGUUACAGAAAGAAGCUGUGAACAUUCUCACACGAGGUGUGCCAGAGACAGUGGUUGCCAAAUGGGAUGAGGAAUUUUCAGCUUCUGCGAAGAUGGGAUCAAAGAGUGUAGGCACGAGCAGCAUCGGUUAUGUAGCAGAUGAGUGGGAUGAAGAAUAUGACAGAGGGAAAAAGAAGAAGAUAAGGAUUAAAGAGGAGAGCUAUGGAGGGCCGAACCCGUUCCAGAUGCUUGCAUCGAAGAGACAAACAGAGACAAAGAAGAAAUGGACACAACGCAUUACUAGUGCAAAGACAGCCUACAGGAUAUGAAAAAGGACCAUAAUAAUCUAUAGAUAUAUGUCAUCCACAUGUUACUGUAUUUGGCGUAAAGUAAUGUUAACAGAAGAGGAAAAGAUAGGCUAUAGACAUUAGACAUUGUUCGUUUAUCUCUUUUCCUCUCAGUUUUGUUCCGUUUGUGAUAAACAGAGAGACCCUAU